GACCAAGUGUGUACUAUGUUGCGCAUCUUUAACGUUCUCGACAGUGCUGUCGUGGUGCUGUCAGUGGCUGUCAAGAACCUGCAGAAGCUGUUAUUGUGGAUGUUAAAAAUGCAUUUGAGAUAAACUAUCCUGUCUAGUGAGCGUGUGAAAGAUUGAUAGUCAUUGAAUUUAUAUUUCAGUGGAUUUGCACGAACAUAGUUUUUCGCAGUAAUCAAAUAACAAGAAUGAACCAGUGAUAUUCAUUUACUACAUAGAUGGAAAAUAUGUUACCAGUGGUACUUGAAGCUGAAGCUGCGUCAAGAUUAUCUCUACGGGUAUUAGUCAAACAAAGUGAAUGGAUUUGAUUGACAGUAGUAGUGGCUGGUGUUAAUCUCAUAUAGUAGCGAUAGAACGAAAGACCGUUAUGUGGAUUUUGUCUCUUGAUGAUUGAUAAAUCGGAUACAGCCGAUGCAUUUCUGGAUUGACAAACCGGCUAGCAGCUAUUACGGAUUUGGUGGCCGCCGAUACCCUGCCACUCCGUUACCUAAAGCACGUUCAGGUCAAUGUCGACGUAGCAGACACGUUAGAUCGAUGGUUACUCCAGUACACCGAUUCCAGAGUCUCGAAGGCACUGGUAGUUCUGCAGGACCUAGCACCAGUCUUAAUCCUUCAAGGCCACAUAGAACAACUGUAAGAAAUACUGUGGAUAACAGAUAUGCCUCAUCGAGGUUAGCUGUCCAUCUCAUUCAACCUAGCAACACCCACAAUAAUGUAAGUAACAUUGGGAACAAUCAGCAUUCGCUACCUUAUGCGGCCUCCAAUGUUACCAACCAACGCCUGGAUGUCUCAGACUGUGACCAUCCUGAAUUAGCUCAAUGCAGGCUAAGGUGUUUUAUCUGGAUUACAUUCUUUCUUGGCAUAGGAAUUGUGAGUGCAGCCAGAUAUUAUUUUGAACAUCAGCGAAAUGGUCUCGAGCUACUUCUAUUUUGUGGUCUGCUGGUGAUCCUUCUACUAUCUGGCUGUUUCUGCGCUAUCCUCUGUCAUCGAGUACACAACAGACAUCAUCAUCGUCAAGAACCGCAUAUCGCGGAGGAUCCCAUAUCUCUUCUAACAGCUGCUAACACAAUUGCCAACGAACACAUACGGCCAAUUCCAGUAGCAACACAAAAUUCACCGCCACCUUAUCACAUUGCCGUUCUAAUUCCAUCACCUGAUUCACCGGAGGAGGCUCCACCACCUUCCUAUGAUAAGAUCAUACGCUAACUCCCAAUCCUUUCUUCUGCGCGAUUAAACGAUCCGAAACAAAAAAAAAUGUUAACGAGCUAGAUAAGCUUGGCAUCUGUGAUAUCAAAACUGCGAAUAGGACUUUAUUUAAGGCUAGCGAGUUUUUAUUUUCCCAAAUGGGUCACAGUUUAUUUUUUACAUAUUUUUUAAAAUAAAUAUUAAUAACGCUCCAAGGAUUCCACCAAAUAAGAUUCUCCUAGAAGUUAUAUUCGCGAUAAUUAAUUUUGCCAAAUUCAAACUUUUCGCAUUUUCCUAGAUAGAUUUUUUUAAAUACUUUAAAAUAUUCCCAAUACUAGAAACAAGAAAAUAAAAUCCAUCUCAGUCAUGGCACCACUUUACGUACUAUAGAGUCUCUUUUCAUUGAGAAAUAAGCAACAAACAAAAAAAUCCUUUUGUACUCCAAAAGAACUGCAGAACCUCUGAUACCAUUUUGGUUGUUCGGUUCUUCGAUGCACAAUCUUACGACGCCAAGUAUACGAUUAUCAAAACGUUAAAGGACAUUUAUUGCAUACAAAAUAAUCAUUCGAAAAAGAGAAAGAUAAAAAGAGGAAUCUGCACGUGUAGAUAUAAAUUAAAAGAAAGAUUAAAUAUAACGCGCACAAUAGUAAAGAAGAUUAGAACUAAAAGUUAAAGCGAAAAUGGCCGGCGACAUAGUUGAUCUCGUUGAGCCUAAUCGUCGUAUUAACGAAUAUCUUUUUGGCCGAUACAUAGAAAAACACUGCUCGACAUAUAUUUGUGAACUAUGAUAAUCUACAAUUAAGACAUAUAUGUAAAUAACGCGUAUGUGUCAUACGCUAUAGCCAUAUGAUUAAGACAUUUAUAAUGUUAAACACUGAGAAAAGCGUUUCUCGCAUUCACAGAUACGAUGCAUAGGUCUUUUACAAUUUUGUAUGAUUUUCAUUUAAUGUCCGUGAAUGCGUACGCGCGGCACCUGCAUCUAUACUAUUUUUAUUAUAGUAUCGAUUCACUUAAAAAAUAUAUAUAUUUACGUCAUUACAAUGCAUCAUAGUACUUGAUAAUAAGCCGAUGGGCAUCAUGAUUAACGGCCACGUACUAUUACAAUACGUAUAUUCAUUACGUAUCACAUAUGUUAGAGCAUACAUUAUGUACUCGAUUUAUGGUAAUUGGUACUUGAUCAUCACAUAAUUAUCAUAAAACGAAUUAAAGUAAGUAGAAGAAGAAGACUUAUAAAUACAUGUGACAAAGACUCACAUGUACCCGCGUACGCAGCCGAAGACAUGAAUAAAUAGUUCUUUUAUAAAUAUGCAUUUAUAUAGUAAUAGCGUACAAUUUAGAUAUA